CUCGCUCAGAUAGAUUGCUUCACACGCAUCCACAUGCACUGCAUCCGUACACAUUUAUAUGUACAAGACAGACAGACAGUCACACAGAGAGGUCGGAUCCAUCCAUGACCAUCCAUCCGUCCACCUAACCAGUGAAUCAAUCAGUCAAUCACUGAAUCACUCAGCCGCUGCCGUCUCGCUGGCUAGAGCUUCUUCUGUCCCAGCAGUGCUGAGGAGUGCUGCUCCAGUAUCUCCUCCCGCCGCAGCAGCAGCCUCGCCACCGGAUCGAAGUACUCGUCCGCUGCACCCAGGUCGCCCUCAUCAUCCUGCUUGUCCCCUUCGUUGCCAUCUUCAUCUUGAUGUUCAUCCGGCCUGCCCUGCUCAUCAAGCCGCCGUGACCUCCGCCUCUUCCGUCGCUUACCCCGCUCGUCACACUCGUCAUAAUAGAUCUCCGAGCCCCUGUUCCUUUCCUCAGACCUCUCGCGCUUGUGCCGCUUGCUUUUCUCAUUCUCAUUCUCUUCUUCGUCGGUGCGAGCACCAGCAGCAGCAGCAGCAGCAGGCGGCUUGCUUGACGCCUUGGCGCGGGCAAUGAGCACCUCGUCUGCGAUGGGUCGGAUGGUGAGUGGCGCGCGAGAAGGGCCGGGCCUCACCAAUGCGUCAGAAACAGACACGACGACAGGGGCGGCUUGAUGAUUAUCCGAUGAAGCGGCAGGCGGCUGCUGGUGUCGCUCCUGACCGUCCUCCCUGACGUCCUCAGCACCAUCUGCAUGGGCCGUAUCGGGUCCAUCCGGAGGUCCGUCGGCCGCCUGCUGUUCCAGCAUCGCCAUGGGAUCCACACCGGCGGGAGGAUAUGUAGCAGCGUCCACCACAGGAGCAUCUCGCUCUUCCUCGGCUUGGUCAGGUCGGAUGUCGAAGCGCGUCUUCCGACGCCUUGGCUGAGGAUUCAUCUCCAUCACCUGUCGGGCAGCGAGUUGUGGUGUGUGGAGGUUAGCGAACGAACAAACUGACAGAGGAACUUCAAG